CAUGAAUUCGCGAUGUCGGAACGCUCCUACUCAUGCGUAGCCUGUGCCAGGCGCAAGGUCAAGUGCGACAAGCUGAAGCCGUGCUCGAGCUGCUCCAGAUCGCGAGCUGCUUGCAUCUAUCGAGCCCCCGUGCCUUCGCAGAGGCACCGAAGGCGAUUGACGCAAGGCGAUUUUCUAUCUAAGAUCCAGGAGUUGGAAUCGAUUCUCGACAGCCAUGGGAUUCCGUUUGAAGCUCUGGGCAACUCGUGGGUCCGCUCUCACUGGGAGGAGAAGCUCGUCGAAGGUCGCCAGACGCAGGCAAUCCCUGAACCCACGGCUUCCAUCGAUACCACCAUACUCGAGUCACACCCCAAUCCCAAGCACGUUUUCAAGCUCUGGCAGGCUUUUGCAGACAACGUCAACCCAUUGGCUAAAGUCAUCCACGCACCUACUCUUCAGCAGAAGAUUCUUGAGGAAGCUUGGACAGUGGAAUCGGUAGCAAAACCACUCGAGGCUACCAUGUUCGCCGUGUACGCGCUGGCCAUUAUCUCAAUGAAACCAGCCAUCUGCAUUGACUUGUUUGGGGAAACGAAGUCGGUGCUUGUGAACCGGUAUCGCACGGGAGCGCUGCGAGCCCUAUCCGACACCAAUCUGUUCUCAACCCGGGACAUAGCGGUCUUGCAAGCUUUGACUCUUGUCAUGAUGAUUGAUCUUCAGUCCGACUUUACCACCACGGCAGUCGCGGUGGCUAUGCGUAUCGCUCACAAACUGGGUCUACACCGUGCCGCUGAAGACCCUCGUAUACCCUUCUUCGACCAGGAGAUGCAGGUCCGCUUGUGGUGGUACAUCCGCGGCCUCAACUCGCGCGUCCGUCGGGGCAUGGGCCUGCUAUCGACGAUUGACGAUCUAGGUGAUGUGCGUCUUCCCAUGAAUAUCAACGAUGCGGAUUUGCAUCCGCUCAUGGAGAAGCCACCCGCGGUCCAACACACAGCGGCCACGGAGAUGGUUUAUUGCCUCAUGAAAUACGACCUGUGGAACUUUGUGCGGAAAUCGUCCAGCUUUACCGAUGGCAUCGAUCCUAGAGAAAAAGCAGCGCAAUUGAUCACAUCGACGAGCGCCGAGAGCAUGGCAAAGAAGAAACAGGUGGUCGCUGAAGUGGACCGUAUGCUCCAAGAGAAGUAUCUUGCCCACCUCGACCCGAGCAUACCUUUGCAUCAGCUCUCGGCAGCUCUGGCAGGCCUUACCGUCCAUAAUCAACGGUUCUUGAUGUUCCACCCCCGCCACCAGCCUAAAGGAGGUCGAUGCAUGUCCCAAGCCGAUCAAGAUCUCGUCUUCGAGAGCAGUGUCAAGCUGAUGGAGUUGAACUGUGGAGUGCACAACACAAACUUCUCGACCAAUCUAGUGGACCACAUGGUAUGUCGGACGCAAGCGGAUGCCCUGGUGUACAUGGUUAGUGAGCUUCGGCAGAGGACGAGCGGCGCCCUAGUUGAGACUGCCUGGACUCUUGUCGAGGAGGUAUACGGACACCAAUCCUUGAUGCCGCCAUGUAAUGCAGAGUUCUUCGCUGCACUGGCCGAUCUGGUUCUACAAGCUUGGGAAGCGCGCUGGAAGGCGCUCAGUAGAGUAGGGCCUGUGCCCAGGUUCAUUACGACGUUACAGGCAUCGAAGAAGGGGGCAGAGACUAUGGAAGGUUCAGCGGCGGAUGUGGAAGAACUUCAGACUGGGCGCAUGGCUGACUUUAUUCAAGACGCGCCUCUGGACUGGACAUACUGGAAUGACUUGUUCCAGCCAUAA